CCCCCCACCUCUCUCUCCCUCUCCCUGUAGAGUCGCUGCCUCUGAUCACGCAGCAGGAGCCGCACUCAUCAUCAGGUCGCUUCACGGCGCGAACCGUCACGCACCAAGCAGCGCCUUGGGACGAGUGGAGAGCAGAGAGACCUCCCGGCAGCGAGCGGCAUGGGAAGAGGGGGAGGGACGGCGAUGGGGGCUUAGAAGAGGUGGGCAGAGAAGGGGGACAGCAAAGGACGAGAAGAGGAGACGGAGCGGGAUUCGGACGAUAUCAAGCGGAGCAUUAAAGAGAAUAAGUUCGGAUCGAGAAAACCAAGAAUACAAUUCGUCAUCCAUUGGUUAUCGCGACAAACAGAAUCAGAGGAAGGGGAAGUGGCGUUUAAUGCAAGGACGAGAUUAAGGAUCGGGAGUUCUAGGAGCGAGACGAAGCGGAGUUACCGGAGGGAUACAAAUACACGAGGGAAGAGGAGGAGGAAGAAGGAGGAGGAGGGGGGGGGGAUUUAACGAGAAGUGAAACUGAGAAGAAGAAUAAAAAUAAUAAAAUAACAGCAACACGAGGAGGUAGAAACGCACUAACUCUAGGAAUGAGAAGUCACAUCGCGAGAGGGGAGAAUUAAAAGGAACGAAACUUGGCAAGUGAAGACUUAGAGAGAGAGAGAAGCGCGAGACAAGAAGAGCUCCUGGGAAGAGGACUUCGUGGAGGGAGAAAGAAAGGGAGGAUUGCGACGAGGUAGAGAGACGAUCAAAGGGGGGGGGGGGGGAGACGACACGCGGGCAGCGCGAAAGAAGUUCUGACAGCGAGGAAGAGAAAACCCGCACACAUCUCGUUCGCAACAUUAAGGAAGAUACGCAAUUAAGAGGAGUGACGAACAGGUGAAGAUAUACAACGAGAGACAGAGAGAGAGAGAUCAGGGGCAGGGAGAGGAAGGAGGGCGUGAGGAACCGAGUGGCGACCCAGCGAAGACUCCCAGCAGAACGCGAGACGCAUUUUUGUUUUGAACGGUGCCGUGUGCAGAACUUGGAGGCGCGUGUUGAUGCACGGAUAAUCGGCGUGCACGUGGGGAUAAGACACGUGGUGUUUUCCAUCUGUGUUUUUUUGGUUAUUUCGUAAAGUUCGAGGUUGAUUUGCUCCACCGGGCCUUAAUAGGAGCUCGCCAACUGCGACGCGAUCGUCAUUAUUGUUAUUAUUGGCGAUGCUGUGUGGAGAGGGGAAUGCGUCGAUUUUAACGGCUGGGUCCGCGACGUAGCGAACUCCACAUCGGCGAGUGAAAAGAUACGCACAAGCGAUUAAUCAGCGUGAAGUCAUUCAUCGAUACCAUUGAUGACUCAACCAUCCAGCUAGCCGCACAUACAUCGCCCACUCGUCCACCAGUCACUCAUCACUCGCCUCCUCGAUCGCUCACUCCCCACCCAGAACUCAUUACACAACGCACGCACACCCACGGCUCGCCAUCACUGACCAACCACGAUUAUCCACCCGUCGCUCACCCAUUAAUCCAUCGCUCACCAUCUCCAUUACUCACCUGUCCACCCCAUCAUUGACCUAUCACCCGCUUAUCCACCCUUCACUCAUCCUUCACCGACUCAUCCACCCAUAACUCACCUCUCCAUCACCUACUUAUCCACCCAUCACUCACUCACCCAUCGCCGACUCAUCAACCCUCCACUGACCCCAUCACGCAGCCGUCACCCGCCCAUCGCUCGUGGCUCACGGAACAUCUGCGAGCCCUGCCUCUGACAUUCGCGAAUUCGCCAACACGCAUCUCCCAAGGAAAAAACAAGAAAAGUCUUCGACACCAGACCACGCGCCUAAACCUUAACGCAGCGAAACACUCGCGCGUGCGCGUGUCCAUACACCUGUGCGUGCGUGCGCGUGUCCAUACACCUGUGUGUGAGAGAGAGCACGUGUCUGUCAAAUUGUGUGGCGGAACCGCAUCAAGAUGCCUCGUGUUCGCCGAGACUUCAGAAGCUGUCCUGUUCCCUCCUCCUCUUCCAUGGUUCACGUCGUUGUCUUCAUCAUCUUCGCCAUGACACCAGUGUCUGCAAAGGCGUGGAAUUAUAACAAUAACAACAACAACCAUCAGUACAACUAUCACCAGCAGCAGCAGCAGCAACAACAGCAGCAGCAACAGCAGCAGCAACAACAACAACACUAUCAGCAACAUUACCAGCAUCAUCAAUCGAAUCAACAUCAUCAGCAGCAACAGCAGCAGCACGUGCAGCAGUUGCAACUGUCAUCGCAGCAGCAGCAACAGCAGCAGCAGCAUUACCUGGUGUCUAACGGCAAGGAUAACGGUCGGAAUAGGAACUGGUGCGCGUUUGUGGUGUCGCGCUCAGUCACUUGCACCGUGGAGGACGGGGUGGAGUCGUACGCACGCGCCGAGUACCAGCCCUGCCCUUGGGGGCAGCGCAACUGCCCUCGUAUCAUCACGUACCGCGCGUGCGUCCGGCCCCGCUACCGCGUCGCCUACAAGAGCGUCCAGGCCGUCGAGUGGCGGUGCUGCCCCGGGCACGCGGGGCCCUCCUGCCAGGAGUCGCAGCCCGGGACCCCGACGGGAGGCGGGGAGCCCAGACCGCCGGGCGUCGACCAAGGAUCCCCCAGCGAUGCCCGCAGGCCUCCGCAGGGGGUCCCGACGUCCCUGGAUGCCCAAAGACCCCCGCAAGGGGUCGCCACGGGAGCGGCCAUACCUCCUGGACACGGCAAUGGACAGGGGCAGCCGCAGAGGCCUGCAGCCAACGGCCACCGGUUCCGUCAGCUGGAGAGCGAGGUGCAGCGCCUGGCUCAGAGCGUGAACACCCUCUCCAGCACGGUGCACAGCCUCCAACGGGCGUUCCUCGAGGACAGCAACCAGCUGCGCAGCCUUCUCAACACCUACGGCAACAGCCUCAGUAGCAGCAGCAGUAGCAGCAGCAGCAGCAGCGUUCUCAACGGAGCCAUAGGACACGCGCCCGGCCGCGGCGGGGAGGCCGGGGCCGCGGCCCCCUGGCUCGGCGACGUCAUGGGCAAGAUCGCGCAGGUGAACGAGACGCUGGCGCGCAAGGGCAAGGUGCUGGACCACCUGCAGGGCACCGUGACGGGCCACGGCGCCCGCAUCAACGAGAUCCUCGACAAGGUCGCCGGGAACGGCGGCGGGGGAGCGGCACGGCCGCCGCCCCAGCAGCCGCCGAACGGCGCGCUCGACCGCAGGCUCGCCAAGCUGCGCGGAGAAAUCGUGAACGAGGUGCGGUCGGCGCUGGACAAGGAGCGCGGAGGGGUGGGAGGCAGCGGCGGCGGGGCGUGCGGCUGCUCGUCCGAGCUGUCGGCGCUCGAGGAGCGGCACCAGCGUUGGCGGGAGUCGGCAGAGCGAUCGCACGAGCAGCUGUCGUCCACGUGCCGGGGCCGCGUCGACGAGCAGGUGCAGCGCCUGCGCUCGGAGUUGGACGGCCUCGCCGCGGGGGCCGAGGCCUGCUGCUCCGAGCUGGGGCGGCGCGUGCACGCGCUCGAGGGCAACGCCAGCUCGACGGCGGCCGCGCUGGCGGCGGCGGUCGACGGCGGCGGCCGACGCGACGACACCGACAUCCUCCGGGAGCUGCGGGAGCAGGGCAAGCGCCUGCGCGACGUGGAGACGCAGCUGUCGACGGCGCUGAGCGGCACCCAGCAGUGCUGCCGCCACUGGCAGGAGACGACGGGCGAGAUGCUCAAGGAGUCGGUGGGCUCGCUGCGCGGGGAGAUGAACGCCCGCUACGCGCGGCUCGGCGAAGAGGUGGCGGCGCUGCGGGCGGCGCUCGACGGUUUCGCCGCGCCCGGCGUUCCCCGCGACGGCGGCGUCGGUGCCGAGCUCUUGGGCGACCUGCAGCGGCGCCUGGCCGGGGUGGAGGAACGCCUCGCCGUGCUGACGAGCGCCCCGCCGCCGGAUCCCCGGCGUGUCGACUCUCUCCUCGCCCGACACCGCGCCACCGUGGCCGCCAACCUCUCGGCGCUGGCGGGCGAGGUGCGGCGUACGGGGUCGCGCGUCGACAAGGUGGAGGAGGCGCUGCUGGGGCUGGGCACGGGAGGAGCUGCGUCUCCGAGCACCGACGACGGCGAGUGCCCCGGGGCCUGCCGCGAGGAGGUGUCGCGGCUCCGCGAAGAGGUGACGGAGCGGUGGAGGAGCACGGCGGCGGAGUGCGACGCCAACCGGCAGCGGAUCCACGCCGUCAACCUGACCAUCUGGCAGACGCCCGGCGGGAGGCGGGGACUAUUCGGCGGGGUCACGGGCGACCGAGGGGGUGACGAGGGCGAGGAGGAGGGGGAGAGCGGAGCGGGGGGCCGCUCCCCGCUGGACGUGGUGCGGGAGCGGAUCGGGGUGCUCAACGAUUCGCUGGGGGAGGCGGAGGGGCGGUUGGACGCCCGCGUGUCAUGGGUGCGGGAGGCGCUGUCCAAUCAGAGUGCGGUGAUCCGGGGUCACGGCGGCGCCCUCCAGAACCUCAAGGGAGAACUCUCCGACCUGUGGAACGAGGUGGAGAGUGGAGGGCGCGGCGGCGGUGGCGCCAGCACGUGCUGCGAGGAGAUGGAGCGGCGCAUGGCGCGGCUCGAGGGCGACGCGGCACGCGUGGCCGACGCGUGCGAGCGGGAGCGCGCGAGGACCUGGGAGCGCGACGGGCGGACGCAAGACGCCCUGCAGCACCUCAACGGCACCCUGCACAAGCUGACCAUGGACUGGAGGACCCGCCCUGCCAUACCAGGCCCCCCUGGUCCCAGCGGACCCACUGGCCUCCCUGGUCCCAGCGGAACCACUGGCCUUCCUGGACCCACCGGCCUUCCUGGUCCCAGUGGCCUCCCUGGUCCCAGCGGACCCCCUGGUCCCAGCGGACCCACCGGCCUUCCUGGACCCACCGGCCUCCCUGGUCCCAGCGGUCUCCCUGGACCCAGUGGCCCAGUCGGCCCCAUCGGACCCACCGGGCACCCGGGCGCUCCUGGCCUUGCUGGGAAUUCUGGGAUGAACGGCCUCCCGGGGCCCCCCGGCUUUUCCGGCUCCCCCGGGACCCCCGGAACCCCUGGGGCCCAAGGACCUCCGGGGCUCAGAGGGGAGCGUGGAAGUGACGGCCUCCCCGGCCAGCCUGGGGUGCAGGGGCCAGCAGGCAAGGACGCCAUCUCUCACCGCGUGGCCUUUACCGCCGCCCUGAGGUACCGGCCGCCUCACGACGAGGUGAUCCGCUUCAACAACAUCCUGCUCAAUGACGGAGGGCACUACAAUCCCAACACCGGCAUGUUCACGGCGCCCAUCUCGGGACGGUACCUGGUGGGCGCCGUGCUGGUGGCGGAGAGGGGCAGCAAGGUGUUCGCCAUCCUGAGCCGAUCCAACAUCUCGCUGCUCCACCUCGACUCGGAGGGCCCGAGGGCCGAGGAGAUCGAGAAGGCGCAGGGCCCGCGACGGGCCGACGGCGCCCAGCCGCCGGGCGUGGCGGUGCUCCACGCCGUGCUGCCGCUGUCCGAGGGGGACACGCUCUGCCUGGAGCUCGUCGAGGGGCGGCUGCACGCCUCGGACGACCCCUACUCCACGUUCAGCGCCGCGCUGCUCUACGAGGACAAGGACGUGCAUAACUACGCUGUCGGCUACGACGACGGCGGCGACGAUCUGGACGACGACGGUGACGACGACAGAGACGACGAUGGCGGGGACGGUUAGGGGAAGAACGCGCGAGCGUCGGGAGGUCGAGGACGUUCACGCUGGUGGCAUUCUUCUCGAACCGCCGCCGACGCUGUGCAGACGCUGCUGGUUUUAGGCCGAGCCGACCUUGGGGAGGCACAGGCCGAGUUGAGAGUUCGGUGUGCCGCACGUGAGGAUGUGGAAUGGAACUCUGGUUGACGGAAUUAUAGUUGUGCUAGUGUACUUGUACGACAAGCGUGCACUCGGAGAUCACCCACGUCGCCUGAUAGACUGCUGCUUUGGGUAACUGCUGUUAGCGAGCACCUAUUGAAGUCGGAAUACACACACACCAGUGACAAAGGUUCCUUGUAUAGCCUUAAAGAUAUGUGGGGAAAGUUCUGUUCGAACCUGAUAAGGCCGGCACAGCACAUGAAUGGGUGCUGUAGCCACCAUCGCAAACCUUUGUCUCCCCGGUGCUGAUCUUUACACACAUCAACAGGUACCCAUUUUAGAUUGAGUCGAACUAGCAGAGGCCCGGAGCAUGUUCAGAUAUCACCCACCACUGAUGUUGCUUGUGUGGGAAUCGAAUGGAGGUUACCCAUUUCAGAGUGCCGUGCAAUAACCACUACACCACUGAUCCCCACACACACACACACUUUAUGUACAUGCAUAUGCAACAACAAACACAUACACACACACGUACUAAUAUACUACAAUACAUGCACACGUACAUAAGCACAUUCCUACAAUAAAGGCACCUAGAAUUGCAAAUGUGAAGAUUAAAAGGAGAGUUCAUAGACAAAACCUGAUAUCUUUCAUGUGCACUCAUAGUUUCAUUGGCUGUGCCUAGGUUUAAAAAUUGACAGUAUUUAUUUAACUGCAGCUAAGGUAUUUUAAAGUAACGGUGAUCACAUGAAGGGUUUUCAACAUCAGCAUUACUUAGAGUAUUAUAAUCGCUGUUGUUAUUAGCAAUAACUGCAGAGGAAUCUUCUUCAGGUCUUCUUUACUCCUCUCUCCCCACUCCACAAUCUCCACCCUGCCAGCUAGUUUGGUUUAAUCAGUGCGUUGUCAUUGUUGUCAUAAUAGCUUGGCUGGUGAAGGGCCAGGUUUAUGAUUUCACUGUUGUGAGUUGACUAUGCUGGUUAGGGUUGACUCAGCCUUACCAUUCGUCAUCAGCAAUAAAUAACAAUCAUCGUCAUCAUAAUAUAUCACCAUCAUCAAUAAAAAAAAUUGAUUUAUCAUUGAAGAAAAUCUACAUCACCAUAAUCCUCAUCUUCACUCAAUAUCAUCAAAAUCAACAUAGCAACCACCAUUAUCGUCGUCUAUAAACAUCAUCAAUACUACAACCAUAACCUCCCCAUACAACCAUCAUCACAACCUAAACCAUCACCACCAUUACCAUCAUCAUAACCCCACCACCAUGAUCACCAUAAUCAUAACAAAACAACCGCAGUUCGCCACUAAGUGGUGGUGACAUCACCACGGCGCUGUGCCAUCAUCAUAACCAUCAUCAUCAUGACCAUCAUCAUAACCAUCAUCAUCAUAACCAUACGCAUCAUAACCAUCAUCAUGACCAUCAUCAUAAUCAUCAUCAUGACCAUCAUCAUCAUAACCAUCAUCAUGACCAUCAUCAUCAUAAUCAUCAUCAUCAUAACCAUCAUCAUGACCAUCACUACUGGGUGGAUACAAUGAGCACCAAUGAUGCGUGGAACUCAGAAGCAGUAAUUGUUGCAUUCAUCAAAGGAGACAUGGUUCUUGUCAUAGUAAUGUGGAGUUUUCACCUCUGGCUCAGGACUGAGUGCGGAGAUAAGCACUACCCAACUCUCUUGUGAGCGCGGGGACACAUUCAUGGUGACUAUUAUUAUUGAUCCCGACACAGAGAAAUCGUACAAGGGUAAAAAAAUAAUAAGUGUAUAUUUAUUAUUUGUGAAAUCGCAGUAAUGCCUUGCGGUUGAUUAAUGAAGUGUGUUAAAAUGUCUUUAAAAAUAUAUAUAUACGUAUGAGUGUACAAGGUAUCAUGACAUGAUGUCCAACGGGUGCCUAUAUGAAACUACGGCUGCCAAAAAGAAUUGAGGUUGGUGGAUCAAACUGGGAUGGGCACGGUUUUAACGCUCGCAAAAGGGCAGCUGGAACGCUGCAAAUACCAAGAGCUUGCAGCAGGGAAAUGCACUCCCUGCUGCAAUAUGUGAUGCGCAGUUUUGCAUCCAAGUGUUCUGAGUACUUUUGAAGCUCUUUAAUUAUAAACAGGGGCAGCACUUUCUCCAGCUGCUGAUGAACCCCCACGAACCUAAAAUAAAUUACGCAAGUCCAGCUCGACGACACAGUUCUAUUGAAUGGCGAAACCUUGUGCUUAUGACCAAAUCGCCCUAAAUGUACCCUCACUUAUCAGAUCUCGGAAGUUAAGCAGGGUUAGUCUGGUCAGUUACUUGCAUGGGUGAACACCAGGCAGAUGUUUAAGGCGAUGUGAUGGCUGAGUCACUCGCUUGGUAUGCGUGAUGAGUUUUCUCCGGGUUCUCUGGUGCCCUCCCACACAAAGCCAAUGACCCAUCAUUAAAAUUGGCCAAGCAUCCCACUGCAGGAUCCUCCUGAAAACUAGCCUUGAGAUUCAUACCACUUUUCCAUUUGCACACCCGAGCUAAUGUCAGCAUGGGGCCAGCGUGGCACGGAUGUGUUUUUUUCCCCGCUGGUUAUCUGCCGAGCCGAGCUGGAAUCAGGUCGUGCUACGCUGGCCUGUCACAAGACACCUGAAUCCGGCUCAAGUUCAAGCCGUGUUCGGGGUGGUGCUAACGAUGCGCAACGAUACAUCUCACGUCAGUGUGCACACAUCUCGCGUCACGACGUUAUCUGUUGCGCGUUACGUCAGCGGCACGGCUCGUGCAGUGGAAAAAAACAAUCCCGUGCUUCCUAGCCCUUGCCGCGCGGACUCGGCACAUCCCAAGCACGGCUCUCGGAUGUGCAAGUGGAAAAGGGGUUAUCAGUGAGGGCUUUCCCCGUUUAAAUAAUUGGGAAUUAUAAUUGACAUCGUUCUGAUUAGGCUGGCAGCUAUGGGUAAUGUGUUGGGCUUGUGUGGUCACCUCCCCUGAAUUCUGUGCUGCCUAAACACACGGAAAGGUUGGAGGCGUCUCCCUUUCAAUUAAAGCAGCCCAUGCAGGCUUGCUUAUCUUUUAUUAACACGGAUUUACAUUUUGUGUGUUUUUACGUGAUAAGUAAACCGAUAUUUUUUGGUUUAAAAAGAGGAAAAUAAUACCGGGUGGGUUUGUGGACUCUGGCAACGCUUGGCAGUGUCGUUUGUGCAAAUUACGCGUGAGCCAGCGAGGCGAUUGGUGCUAUAGAUGUUAUGCCAAAGAUGUAACGUGUUACCAUUACUGUACUGUAUUAAUAUCAGCUGUAGAGAUUGUACGGUAUUAUGUUGUCAGAUUUUGUCAUUAUUUAAUCACAAUGUCAUUCGUAUAACUUUUUUUAUUGAUAUGAUUAUUAUUACUUAUCGGUGUCAAUUUAUCAUGUAUCAUCAUUAUCGCAGCAUUAUUAUAGGUCAAACACUUGCGUUACACAUUAUACCAUUUUAUUGUCACAUUGUAGUGUUAGAAUGACGUGGGGUCGAAAUGUUUUCGACAAAGCCUCUUCCAAAACACCUGUUGCACCGGCCCCAAACGAUUGGCUUAUUUUAAAAGUCAAGAUGUCACAACGGCCAACGCCGUUCCAACGCCGUUACGCGUCAAGAUAGCUUCUCUCCUCCCCUCUUCACAGCUUACGCCAAAACUCCAAGAACUGUUCAUCUACAUUUAUUUUUUCCCCCCCUCGGUCACUGACCACUGGGUGCGAUUCCAUUGCCACGGUUGGCUACGUACGAUGCGAAAGAAGUUCAACGAACAUACAUAUGACAUAUAUGCCCUUGUUCACUGUAUUUUAAAUACAGCAAUUAAUGAGUCAACUCCCCCCUUCUACCGAUAAUCACUGUCAUUAUACUACAGUUGCCAUGUAACCCAAACUAUGGACCACAUAAUAAACCACCGUAACCUGUGCUGCAUCAGCAGAGGAAGAAUAAAACAAUGACACAAUCUCCCUCAUGAAGCCCUCUCAUGGCUAGCAAGCCUUGACGUUGGCAUUUAGCUGCUGAACACGUUGCUGUCAUCAUACGCAAGAAGAGAGAACGGUUGCUGCAAGUCAAAUGCUGCAAGUUAGAGGGCCUGCUUGUUUGGGAGUUGUGAGAGAGACACUCUCCGGGAGCAGUGUAAUGAUUCAUCCUCCUCUCCCUGCCAUCGAUUCUAUGAAUUGUUGCGGGCUCAGGGUCGCGAUUCGCUCCAACGAACGUUUUAACAUCGCGGUGAACACAAGUGGCCUCUCUUAGCCGUUGGGCGCAUGUAAGCCUAUCACAUUUAACGUCGCAUGCAAAUCGGAAAGCAUCGACUGUUUCGAUGUGAUUUCAAUGCAUCAAGGGAUUAACCAACGCAUCGUUACGCCCCUAAAGUUGCGAGUUCAAAUCUCAGUCGGGGUUGUCUCAGCCAGUCACCCCUUUCAUGUCAAUAACAUGAGACUGUAUGGUGGUUAGCCUGCCGAUUUGCCUUCACAAUCAUAUUAUCCACCACUGGUUCAGGGCAGUGAAGGGGAGCUUGCAUCUGUCCGAUGCUCGUCUGAGUGGCAAAAACAACUUUCGACCAGAUUUGUAUGUUGACAAAAUGACCAAAAAACGUUCUCGGAGAAGAGAAAUGUCAGCACGUUUUUGCCAAAAAAAAAAUCACACAAAAAGUAUCAAUCACCAACAGGGGAAGUGGAUGCUGACUUUGACUUGGACUCCACGAGCGUAAACCUCUCCACUAAGUAGGGGUGAGGAAGCCUCCUCCUUAUCGAGGGUCAAAUCGGACUUUCGCACGGGUACCUUUUGGCAGGCUUUACCAAGCAGGUUGUUAGUGUUAUCCAAUAGGUAGUCCUUCCCAUGGUCAACAGCACGCUGGGAAACAACAGAUUCUCCAGAACAUGAUCUUCUGCCAAACCGAGCCGCUUCACCCAUGUUCUUUUCUAAUACGUUUUUUGAAGUGUUAUCCAACAAUAAAGCAUAAAAAACGAAUGAGGGCCCACCUUUACCGCUCCAUGCGAUGCCUGUGCUGCUUUCCCCUCGCUAUUUCAAAUCCAAGAUUUUCCAAAUGAUGAGAAACCCCAUCACCACAGCAGGGAAAUGCACGCAGGCUGGAAACAAAUUCAAUCUAACAACACUCACAACUCCCAUCAUGCCUUGCACGCAUGUUAUGCGAUUACAUUGCAUGCCACACAUUAAUCUCUUGAGCUGGUGGUCUGGGAGUUUUGUACAUGCAAUUUGGUGAUCACAUGGCACGCAUGCCAGGUAUGAUGGGUAUUGUGCCUUCCUGCUGUUUGUGCGCAGCAAACAUUCUGCGUUGUUGUUCAAUUUCACUGUUGUAUCCUCUCACUCGCACAGUUGACGUCGGAUCGCAGUCCCGCAGAGUGAUGGAUAACACUAUGCAACACGAUUUUUGUCCCUGCGUAGUGUUAUUUUUUUAAUGCUUAUGCCUAAAAAGUAUAGAAAAUGGCAAUUAUUCCCCACAAACUUUGCUUUUGUGACCAGGACUUUUUGUGAAGGAAUGAUACAAAUGCACACCACGUUUUCUCAUUGAAAAUAGGUAAAUUUCAAAAUAUCACUGUCCUGGUUUGUGAGGAAUAAUAGCCAUUUGCUGUACUUUUGAGGCAUAAGUAAUUAGGAAAUAAUACUUACUACCCAGGAACAAAAAAAUGUGUUACACAGUGUUAUUAAUGGAGUGGAUUAUUAACUUUGCUUUUGUGUCUUGGUCACAAAAGCAAAGUUUGUGGGGAAUAGCCAUUUUCUGUACUUUUGAGGCAUAAUAAAUUAGGAAAUAACACUUACUAGCCAGGGACAAAAUGUUUUUUUGUUACACGGUGUAAUUAUUGUGAGCAGCCCGUUUUGAAGUGGUAGGCCUCAUGGGGGCUAUUGGUCCCAGGUUCCCCACCCCUGGCCCAAUAAGACAUUUCAUUCAGGCUUAGGGUUAACCUAAACCAGAAACUAUCUUACAGCGAGGCAGAGAUAACCAAAUCACACGGAGCUUCUCUCUAUCCCCAACUCAUGGCUACAACUUGAUAGGCUAUAAAAUAUGUAAAGUACAGUAUAUAUUUUUCAAAAAACAUCAAUUGAACUAAAGAUAAUGCAUAUGAAUACCAGUGUAUAAUUUUAACCUUUCAGACUGUGUACUUUGAGAAAUGUUGUUACAGAUGCAAAUGAACUUUCGGAGAUGUGUGCUCAUUGACGAAAUAACUCUCCAUCAGCUGUGGACUGUUGUCGCUUGCGUUGUCAUAAUUAAACUCACUUUCUCGAUACCA